AUGAGAAAGGUCCUGGAUGCCAGCUUGGGCUUCGCCGCUGGAGUAAUGGUGGCAGCCUCGUUUUGGUCACUAUUAUCGCCAGCAAUAGAACUAGCCGAAACUUCCAAAUACUACGGCGAAAACGGCGAGUACGCUUGGGCCCCUGUAGCACUCGGCUUCCUGUUGGGCUCCCUAUUCGUUUACGGAGCCGAUGUUUUAAUUACAGUGCUGGGGGUGCAUUCUCCCAACAUGAUGUUAGCGCUCCACGCUUCGAAUAAGGGUAAAAGUAGGGAUGGUUCUAGAAGGGAUUCUACUCAUGUACCGCUACCUGACACUACUGCCGUUGAAGGGUUUACUGACAUCGGGGGCACUUUUGUUCAUCGUAGAAGGGUAGGUAAAAAGAAUGAAACUAACAAAAACGAACAGUAUCCUGACGGAAAUGUUAUGCCACAGAGCUACGAAGAUGGCAGCAACAUUGAAGAAAUCCAACAUGGACAUUGGAAGAGGAUCAUGUUGCUAGUGGUCGCCAUAACUGUACACAACAUCCCUGAAGGAUUGGCCGUAGGUGUCGGAUUUGCUGCUACAGGAAGUUCCAGUGCUGCCAAUUUUGAACGUGCAAGUCAUUACUACAAUCAGUAUGAUAAUCAGCAUCAUAGUUCAAUCCACCAUUUUCUAUCUGCACCCACAAUAGGUUCAUGGUUUCUGAGCCUAAAGAAAAAGCCUUCAACAAAAGUUGGUGUAGGUACAUUGGAAAUCUGGCAUUUCGUCCUCGCCAAUAGCCAUAUCGUGGAAGAAUGCCUAGAUAUUGACGUCCCAGAAUCAAAACUUCCAAUCUACACCAGUUAUUCAACAUAUAUUGGUCCGUUAUCAAUGUUAUCAUUGACAUUUACUGUGGAAUAG